CGGAUUUUAGGUCCGAGUAAGCGCUCCUCUCGUAGCUCACGCUACUAAGCGGCGAUGGCUCCGCCGUCAAAAUGGUUUUGGACAAGUUGUCGGAUAUUUUCCGCAUGUUUCCGACUGCACUCCUCUCUUAGCUCCGAAAUGAUUGAAAAUAUGGACAAGAAAGCCACCUGGGACCGCGUGUACGCUGACCGCAGCAGCAAGACAAGCACGUUCAAGAACUUCGAGUGGUUCUUUGGCUUCGAAGCAGUGCAAAACCUCAUCGUGCCCUUAUUGCUGACCGAGGCCAGACCCGAGGCUCCGCUUCAAGUCCUGGAUAUGGGCUGCGGCACUUCCGCUUUGGGUCCCUCCGUUUACCAACGCUGCCCCGUGCCCGUUCGGGUCACGUGCGUGGACAUUUCCGCCGUGGCGGUACGGCUCAUGCAGGAGCACGCGCGGGCCGAAGCCGUCCGGCCCGGCAACCGUUCUUCACAGCUGGCCUUUUUGGAGCUCGACUGUACGCAGCUGCACAAACGCUUCGGUCCCACCAGCGUGGACCUCAUUGUGGACAAAGGCACCACGGACGCCCUGCUGAAGUCCAAGGACGGGAAGAGGAGUGCGGCCCUGGUGCUGAAGCAGUGUUUGAAGGUGCUGCGCCCCUCGGGGUCUCUGCUGCAGUUCUCUGAUGAGGAUCCGGACGCCAGGCUGCUGUGGCUGGAGACAGAAGCGCGGGCUGCACGUGUGGAGGUGCAGGAAGUGGGGGACUUGGGGGGAGUUUGUUACUACUGCUAUGGAGUGAGCCCUCGCCCAAACGUGCAGCGCUGACCGUGUGCGUGGUUUGUUCACGUUGCAUUUGGAGUUUGUGGUGCGCAAAUAAUAAAAACAAUCUCAAUUCAA